GUAAAUAAAAAUGAAACAUUGUUGAAAAAAAAAAGAUGGCAAUCGAUUGGGGGUUAGUUGUGCGCGUUUAUCCACGCCAGUUAAAUCGACAAUAAUAAUUAACUUCAACCAUAACCCAGACAGACAAACGUUAAAUAAGUGCAGAAAAGUUAUCUUUUGCACGGGCUGACAGACAGGUGACAGAUGUGUGAUAAGAGCAUUUUCAUAGCCAAUUCCCGAGCAAUAAUUGCCAAAUGUAACAUGGAAAAUGCAUAACUCGCUGGCUUCCAGGUUACUAGUGCGACUCCUGUUGCUUUUUGCGCUAGUAACUGUUAUUUCGAUUGUCAUUCUAACGAAAUGGGGCUUCGAUGAGCUGACCUCACAAACGGAUAAAGAUUCGCCUCCCAAUCCCAGCGAGACAAAUGGCUAUACUUAUGCACUGAGCUCUCGGGAUGCGGAAAUCGAGCGUCUCAAGCACGAGGUACUCACGCUACGUGCUCAGCUUGUGCUCGUGCAGAGCAAUCGCAGCAACAAUGGACUACCGGUCCGGUUGCCCUUGCAGAGCAGUGGCUACUCCCCCUCCUCCGCCACAGCCUCCUCCAACAGCAACAACAACAAUAGUAACUCGCAUCUGCACCAGUCAGACACCACGAUUGCCUCGCUGACGCAUCACUACGACUGCAGCAGCUACAUACGCAAACAGGUGGGCGCCGCUGAGAUACUUCACGGGCUGCCCCUCAAUAAUGAAUACGAGAUGAUUCCGUUUAAUCACUUCACCUUCACGCGCGUCUAUCCUAUUGAUCUGGGUCUGGGCAAGCGUGUCGUGGAGAAGCCCAUUGGCUACAGGCGUCGCGAUCUCCUGGAGGCUGUUAACAAGGCGCUCGAGAGUUUAAAUCGCAAUCAUACGGCGCGUGCCAGAGCCAAAGGACUCGCAGCCACCGAACUGGGCCGCUACACGCUGGAUGACUUUGUCGAGGGCAUUUACCGUACGGAGCCCACAACGGGCAGCCAGUAUGAGUUGUAUUUCCAGAGCAUCAAGCAUCAGACAAAUGUCGUGCGCAAAGCACUAAUCAUGCGACCCUUUGCUCCACUGCAGACGGUGCAGCUCUCGGAGGUGGCUGCCAGUCCCAUCAUACAUGUAAUCCUGCCACUCUCUGGACGACUGCGCAGCUUUCGCAGUUUUGUACAGAGGCUAAACAAACUGGCUGAUCAGCGCCUGCACCUGGUUGUCGUCUACUUUGGCGAGGCGGGACUUAAGGAAGCCCAGCUAAUUGCAGGAGGUGCUAAACGUGUGCAGCUCGUUGCCUUGAAUGAAACAUUCAGUAGAGCCAAAGCCUUACGACUGGGCGCCGAGCACAUUCCGCCGCAGGCAGCAAAGGCAAUGCAAGAUGCUUUGCUCUUCAUGUGCGAUGUGGAUAUUGUCUUUACAGCCAAAUUUCUGGAGCGUUGUCGCUGGAAUACGGCGCCGGGCAAGAAGGUUUACUAUCCCGUGGUAUUUAGCCUCUACAAUCCACAUGUUGUCUAUACGCUGCAGGGCAAAAUUCUGCCCAGCGAGGAGGAGCAGCUGGUCAUCUCCAGGGAUACUGGCUUCUGGCGUGACUUUGGCUAUGGCAUGACCUGCCAAUAUCGCUCGGAUUUCCUGCAAAUACGCGGCUUUGACGAGGAAAUCGUUGGCUGGGGUGGGGAGGAUGUGAUGCUCUAUCGAAAAUAUGUCAGAUCAAAAAUUAAGAUCGUAAGGGCAACAGAUCCCGGCAUCUUUCAUCGCUGGCACACCAAGAUUUGCACCGGUUCACUUAGUGCGGAUCAGUAUCGCGCCUGCAUACGUUCGCGCGCAUUGAAUGAGGCAUCUCAUGCCCAGCUGGGCUUUCUGGCCUUUCAGGACGAGAUUGCCGCUGCAAUGGCCCACUCGUGAUAUCUUUUUGGAAUACAGGCCACUGCUUACAAUCUAGUUAGCCACAAUGUGACAAUAACUUGUAUUUAGCCAAUCGUUGAACUAGCAUAAUUGUUAAAUCUGUUUCUUAGACGCCUAGAUAAUUAACUAAAACUAAAAUUAACUUUACUCUGUAGUCGUAUGACAAAUUGUUCUUCCAUGAAGCGAACUAGAUGCAAUCUUAAACAACAACAAAGACAAACAAACGAGAAACACAAA